AUGUUGUUCCGGUGGUGCCCCUUAGUGGCUCUGGCCAUCGCUUCUGGCACAGCUGCUACAGAGCAGAGCUGGGAAUCAUCGCCAUACUACCCGUCACCAUGGACUAAAGGAGAGGGCGAGUGGGAAGCUGCCUAUCAAAAGGCUGUCUCCUUCGUCUCGCAGCUUACGCUGGACGAGAAGGUCAACUUGACAACCGGUGUUGGAUGGAUGCAAGAAUCUUGCGUUGGUCAAGUCGGUUCAAUUCCGCGUCUUGGUUUCCGUUCCCUGUGUAUGCAGGAUGGCCCUCUGGGUAUCCGGUUUGGUACGGAAGCUCGAAUGGACAUUUUCCUUUACCUAACUUGCAAUACUAACUUCUAUCUACCUUAUGUAGGUGACUACGUUACUGCGUUCCCGGCUGGAAUCAACGUUGCUGCCACAUGGAGCAGAGAACUAGCCUACCUUCGAGGAAAAGCCAUGGGAGAGGAGUUUCGUGGUAAGGGUGCAGACGUGAUACUUGGGCCUGCAAUCGGCCCUAUAGGGCGCGCGCCAGAAGGAGGACGAAAUUGGGAAGGCCUUGGGCCUGAUCCAGUCCUGGCUGGUAAGCUCGUUGCAGAGACGAUCAAGGGUAUGCAGAAAUCGGGCGUGAUUGCAUGUGCAAAGCACUUUAUCGCCAAUGAACAAGAACGAUUCCGGAUUGCUGCCGAAGCUCAAGGGUAUGGGUUCGACAUUGCAGAGAGUAUAAGCUCUAACGUUGACGAUGUGACAAUGCAUGAGAUAUACCUAUGGCCCUUUGCUGAUGCUGUUAAAGCUGGGGUAGGUUCAAUCAUGUGCUCCUACAACCAGAUCAACAACAGCUAUGGCUGUGGAAACAGUUACACGCAGAACAAGUUGCUCAAGGGCGAACUUGGAUUCCGUGGUUUCAUCAUGUCAGACUGGCAAGCACACCACAGCGGUGUUGGUUCUGCCUUUGCUGGAUUGGACAUGUCUAUGCCCGGUGACACUUUGUUCGGCACGGGUGUCUCCUAUUGGGGUGCCAACCUCACCAUUGCCGUUGCCAAUGGAACCAUUCCUGAAUGGAGAGUCGACGACAUGGCCGUCCGUAUCAUGGCUGCCUACUACAAAGUUGGCCGUGACCAAGUUCAAGUCCCCAUCAACUUCAACUCAUGGACCACCGAUGUCGAGGGCUACCAGCAUGCACUCGUGAAAGAAGGAUAUGGAGUAGUCAAUCAGAGGGUGAAUGUUCGUGACCAUCAUGCACAGAUAGCCCGUCGUGUGGCCAGGGAUAGUACUGUUCUCUUGAAGAACAAAGGUGUCCUCCCUCUCACUGGAACGGAGCAGUUCACAGCCAUCAUUGGAGAAGAUGCAGGCCCCAAUAUUAACGGGCCAAACAGCUGCCCUGACCGUGGGUGUGAUAAUGGAACCCUUGCAAUGGGAUGGGGUAGUGGAACGACAAACUUCCCUUAUCUUGUGACUCCAGAUGACGCUAUCCAGCGUGAAAUCGUGGGCAAGGGCGUUGGAAAUGUCAUGUCUGUUCUCCAAAAUGGUGACUUCAAAAACAUUCAGGCAGUGGCUGGUCAGGCCGAUGUUGCCCUUGUUUUCAUUAACUCGGACUCCGGUGAAGGGUAUAUUUCCGUUGACGGCAAUGAAGGUGACCGGAAGAACCUGACUACUUGGAAGGGAGGUGAUGAGAUGGUCAAGCAGGUGACAUCUGUCUGCAAUAACACCGUACUUGUCAUCCAUUCCAGUGGUCCAAUCCUGGCUGGCCAGUGGCACGAUAAUCCAAAUAUCACUGCCAUUCUCUGGGCAGGUCUCCCUGGCCAGGAAAGUGGAAAUGCCCUGGUUGAUAUCCUUUACGGCAAAGAGAAUCCUGGUGGUAAAUCGCCAUUUACCUGGGGCAGGGCUGCCGAAGACUAUGGUACCACGAUCUUGAGGGAGCCAAACAACGGAAAGGGUGCACCGCAGCAUCUAUUCUCAGAGGGUAUCAUGUUUGAGUACAGGCACUUCGACCAGAAGAAUAUCACUCCUGUCUACGAGUUUGGAUACGGGCUGAGCUAUACCACUUUCUCCUACUCAGACCUGAGAGUAAGGCCGAUGCGUGCCAAUAAGUAUGUGCCUGCCACCGGCAUGACCAAACCAGCACCACGACUGGGCCACUCCUCGACCAAAUAUGCCGACUACCUGUUCCCUGGUGGCUUCAAGGGGGUAACAAAAUACGUAUACCCCUGGCUCACGUCGACUGAUCCCAAGGAGGCGUCCGGAGACAAAAAUUACGGAAUGCCCCUCGAGGACUAUGUGCCUCCAAAUGCAAACAACGGCGAUGCACAGCCCGUUCUCCCCGCCAGUGGUGUUCCUGGCGGAAACCCCGGUUUGUUUGAAGACUUGUAUGAGGUCUCAGCUGUCAUCACCAAUGAUGGGGACAGGGUAGGCGAGGAAGUCCCACAGCUGGUACGUAACCUUUCUUUCUUCCCCCCUAUUCUCUCUUAA